AGAGCAUCAGAUCUGUCAGAGAGAAGGCGGGAGGAGUAGGAAAUGAGGAGGGGCCGCUCUUGCCUUCCCGCAUCUUAACUCUGAUCUUAAACCGAAGGUUUUUGGGUUACUGAAUAAUAAAAUGGAAGCUACCUAGUUGACACCUUAUAGCUAUGUAGAUUGCUUCAUACUGAUCUCUAUAUCAGGAUUGUUCCAUGCACUUAUUAUGGUGCUAUCUUGAUGCCCAGUAUCUACCAAGUUACUCAGAGCUUCUUUACAGACUUUCUACCUUUUGUGUGUGAUGGCUGUUCAGGAGUGUUCUGUCUUGAGCACAGAAGCCGGACUGCUCAUGAUUGUUCUGAGGUAAAUCUAAAAACUGAAGAAGUGAAACCAGAUAAUCAUAAGUUUUUCAUGUGCACCUACAAGAGUUGUGAUGGGAAAGAACUUGUACCAGUGUUGUGCCCUUAUUGUGAAAAGCCUUUUUGUUUAAGGCAUCGUCAUCAAGUAGAUCAUGAGUGUGAGAAACUGGAAACGCCUAAACCUCGCAUGGCUGUCACACAGCAGCUUGUUAAAGACAUUGUCGAUUCCAAGAAAGAGGCCACAGUGAAUAAAAGAUGCCGAGGAGCUAAGAACAGUGAAACAGCAGCAAAGGUUGCCCUAAUGAAACUGAAAAUGCAUGCAUGUGGCGAUAAGUCCUUGCCGCAGACAGAGAGAAUCUACUUCCAAGUGUUUUUACCUAAAGGAAGCAAAGAAAAAAGUAAACCCAUGUUCUUUUGUAGUAAAUGGAGCAUUGGCAAAGUUAUAGAUUGUGCAGCUUCCUUAGCAAGCCUUAAAAACGACAAUAACAAAACCACAGCCAAGAAGUUGAGACUCUGCCACACGGUAUCUGGUGAAGCCCUGCCUUUGGAUCACACCAUAGCAUCUUGGAUAGGUACCAAAGAAUUCUCGCUUUGCAAUGGUGGAAGUGUUGUUUUGGAAUACCUUGAGAAUGAUCUUCAGUUUUUAGAAGAUGCACAUUCUUAUCUAGAGUAAUUAUGGAAAGUGCUGUACAAAUAUUCAGUUGUCAUAUUCAAUACAAGAUGUAGAUCUUGGUCUGUUUAUA